AUAUAAACCAAUUAUGUAUCCGUGUCAGUCUUUUACUUCGCGUCUUUGAUCAAAUAGAGACAGUGACAAAGCCAUUUAUUCUAACAUUCAUCUGUGAAGAAGCUUUACCAUUCAUCUCAUUCUCAGACGAGAACACAGUAAAGGAGAACUAACCAGUUAAAGCCUCAAUGGCCCUUCAUUUGAAAGAUGAGUGGGAGAAUUUUGUGGUGGAACAGCUUCGAGGACCGUACAUGAAAGAGUUUGGUAAUCUGAAGACGGACGGCGAGCGCUACAAGUUUUGCAAGUAUAUUUUACGGAAUAACACAGUAGCCCAAGAAAUCAUAAGUCAAAUACAAAAGCUUCUGAGUACUAGGAGCCAACAGAAAGCCAAGUCAGCAGGGAAUGGCCAGGAAUACUUGCAUGUGGGAGAAGAACAUCUUAGAAGAAGAGAUUUCAAGAAAGCAGUGAUUUGUUUAUCACUGGCUAUCCAGCAAGUCCUUUUGUCCAGGUCUGAUAACCAAACAGCACUCUCUAACCAACAUAACGAUUUAUGUGACUUGACAUCAUCUGACAGUACCGAAGACACCAGUAGGUCUGAUGGCCAGCCCAACCUUGCUGCUCUUUAUACUCAGAGAGCUGAGGUUCUGUAUCAGGCACAGGAAUAUAAGGCAUGUCUUAAUGAUAUUCAAGAGGUAAUAUCUCUGCAGCAUCCCCAAGCUCUUAGUGGGAAACUUGUUAAUCUUCAGAAAUUUUGUCAAAGAAAGUUAUCAUCCUCUCAACACUUGAUUCAUGGUGAGGAUACUUCACAGAAUAUUCCCACUGUUACCGGAGGACAACACAGCAAAAUAGCCAAUGGAUCCAGUUUGAUUGAAAUCAGUUGCACAGCCAGCCAGGGACGAUUUUUGAAGGCAUCAGAUGACAUCCGUGCUGGAGACACUCUUAUCUCCGAGGCACCAUAUGCUGCAGUUCUCUUACCAGAAAAUGCCCUGACUCAUUGUGAAUGUUGCAUGAAAACAUUGAUAGCGCCCUUUCCUUUUCAGAACUGUGCGUUACUAUCUGAGUUUCUUCAAGAUGUGCUGAUAAAGAAAGAGGAGUUGCCUACAAGACCAACAAAUUGCGAUGAUUGUACAAGGAACAGGCUUUGUCAGGUCAAUGAACAACCUCAUGGACAAUUUAAACAGAACUACAUUUUUCAAAAUCUUCAAAGUUUGUUUCCCACUGAUACAAGCCCAAGUUCCUUGGGAGGUGAUGUGGUAGGCUGUUUACUUUUCCACCACUCACAGCAAAUGGCUUGCAAUGUCCACGCUAUUACAGCAAUUGUGUCAACAAAUGGGGACAAACCCAGGCAGCAAGUUGUAAGCAGGGAACAGAAGAGAAUAGGGAGUGCUAUUUAUCCAACAGCAUCCUUGUUGAACCAUGCCUGUGAUCCUGAUGUCAUAGUUAGCUUUGUUGAUGGCCAUCUAGUGGUGAGGGCAACCCAUAACAUCUCCAAAGGCUCAGAGAUUUCCCACUGCUAUGGCCCUCAUGUUAGUCGCAUGGGUUAUGAAGAUCGUCAAAAGCUUCUGUACAAACAGUACUUCUUUACUUGCCAGUGUACUGCGUGCAAGAGUGAUGAAGAAAUGGAGAACAAAAGGUUAUGCUUCUCGGCCUUUGCUUGUCCUCAGUGUAAACAUGCCAUGAGGCUUUCCUCGGUGGCCAGUGGGAACAUUGGAACAUGUCAGAACCGAGAGUGUAACUUGGAGAAGAAUAUGCUUGAUGAGUGCAGAUUGGCACGAGAGGCAGAACUACUCUUUGUUAAAGGGGUGCGGUUGUUAGAAAGAGUCGGAGUGAAAGAGGCUCUUGAUGUAUUUCAUGAAUGCCUGAGACGGCGUAAAACUCUGCUUCACGCUUAUAAUAAGGACUUGGCUGAGACGCACGAUGCUAUUGCAAGGUGUUAUGCCAUGAUUGGAGACUUUAAAAAGGCAUGCUACUACUGUUCCUACAGCUGUGAGGCAGUUGAAAAGGCAUUUGGUUCUUCGAGUGUGGAAUACGCUCACGAGCUUCACAAGCUUUCACAGCUCCUAUUCAAUGACCGGCAGAUCAAGAAAGCACUCUCCACAAUCGACAAGGCCACGAAUCUCCUAACUCGGCAUUACGGUCGGAGUAAUCCAGAUGUGAAGGAACUAAGCGAGAUGAAACGUUGUCUUGUUUCCGUUGGUGGUUAUGCAAGGAACAACAGUUCGUGACUUGGUAGUCACGCAAUAAUGCAACGUGACAGUCGAACUGUAGUUGCUAUGACUAAAAAAAUUGGUAGAGUUUUUGGAAAUGUAUGGGUUUUUCGUCAUCUUUUUUUAAGCUUUCUUAGAUGACUGUGUGAUUUCUGUGAUCCAAUUGUGUGACUCGUAUUACGUUUAGUGGUUAUGUGGCAAGUCACACAAUCCUUUUGGAUACCAGUUUUCUGUUAAAACAAAAGUAAAAAUAUAUUGAAUGUAAAAUGAUUAACGGUUUGUAUGAAUUACUUUUUGUUAUGAAAACAUCUUUUAUACUAAAAGUUUGGUGUUAAGUUAUAUAAUGCGUUCUCUUCAGUGCAGGAGACAUCGUUACAAAAAAUUUUUUAAGUACUUGUUUUGUUUUAAAAACAACAAGUUUAAGUAAGUCUUUAUUAUGCGGAGUAACUCGAAGGAACACUAUUUAAACGUCGAAAAUAGAGAAGUGUAGUUAUUAUAUUCAUCAAUUGCUCCAAGGCAAAUUCUGACAAAAUUUUUCCACCUUUAAGAAAGUCUUAUUCCUGGGUUUGAACAAGUAAAGGCAAUUUUGCAGCGGAUUCUGUUAUUGGGUGUCACUUGUGACGUAUCAGGAGAAUCGACUUCGUUUUGCUCCAAACGAAUUGAUUGAAUAAAAUUUCAAAACUGCGCUA